CUUUGCGUCCUUUCCCCGCGCAUUGCCCCGCCCGAUCCCGGAUUCCGCCCGGCGCUGGCCGCAGCCUGACAGAGACGCCAGGGAGGCAAGAUGGCAGCUGCCGACGGGGACGAUUCACUCUACCCCAUUGCGGUGCUCAUAGAUGAACUCCGCAAUGAAGACGUUCAGCUUCGCCUCAAUAGUAUCAAGAAACUCUCCACCAUCGCCUUGGCCCUUGGGGUUGAACGGACCAGAAGUGAGCUCCUGCCCUUCCUUACAGACACUAUCUAUGAUGAAGAUGAAGUCCUCUUGGCCUUGGCUGAACAACUGGGAACCUUCACCACUUUGGUGGGAGGACCUGAGUAUGUGCACUGCCUGCUGCCACCCCUUGAGUCACUGGCCACAGUGGAGGAGACAGUCGUACGAGACAAGGCGGUAGAAUCCUUACGGGCCAUCUCACAUGAGCAUUCACCUUCCGACCUAGAGGCUCAUUUUGUGCCUCUGGUGAAGCGGCUGGCGGGUGGAGACUGGUUCACCUCCCGCACCUCGGCCUGCGGCCUCUUCUCGGUCUGCUACCCCCGAGUAUCCAGUGCUGUGAAGGCAGAACUUCGACAGUAUUGCCCUCCUCUUUAUGUACAGCUCCAGAAAGCAGUGGGGCCUGAGAUCACCAAAACAGAUCUAGUACCUGCCUUCCAGAACCUGAUGAAGGACUGUGAGGCCGAGGUGAGGGCCGCAGCCUCCCACAAGGUCAAAGAGUUCUGUGAGAAUCUCUCAGCUGACUGUCGGGAGAAUGUGAUCAUGACCCAGAUCUUGCCCUGCAUCAAGGAGCUCGUUUCAGAUGCCAACCAACACGUCAAAUCAGCACUGGCUUCAGUCAUCAUGGGCCUCUCUCCCAUUCUCGGCAAAGACAACACCAUCGAACACCUCUUGCCACUCUUCUUGGCUCAGCUCAAGGAUGAGUGUCCCGAGGUGCGGCUGAACAUCAUCUCCAACCUGGACUGCGUGAAUGAGGUGAUUGGUAUCCGGCAACUCUCUCAGUCCCUGCUCCCUGCCAUUGUGGAGCUGGCUGAGGAUGCCAAAUGGCGAGUGCGGCUGGCCAUCAUUGAGUACAUGCCUCUGCUGGCUGGACAGCUGGGUGUGGAAUUUUUUGAUGAGAAACUCAACUCUUUGUGUAUGGCCUGGCUGGUGGAUCAUGUCUACGCCAUCCGUGAGGCUGCCACCAGCAACCUCAAGAAGCUAGUGGAGAAGUUUGGGAAGGAGUGGGCCCAUGCCACUAUCAUCCCCAAGGUCUUAGCCAUGUCUGGAGACCCUAACUACCUGCACCGCAUGACCACACUCUUCUGCAUCAAUGUGCUGUCUGAGGUCUGUGGGCAGGAUAUCACCACCAAGCACAUGUUGCCCACAGUGCUUCGUAUGGCUGGGGACCCAGUUGCCAAUGUCCGCUUCAAUGUGGCCAAAUCACUACAGAAGAUAGGACCCAUUCUUGACAACAGCACACUGCAGAGUGAAGUCAAGCCCAUCCUGGAGAAGCUGACGCAGGACCAGGAUGUAGAUGUCAAGUACUUUGCCCAGGAGGCGCUGACUGUUCUGUCUCUUGCCUGAUGCUGGAAGAAGAACCAUUGCCGGCCUCUGGUGUCCGCCCUCCAACCCCCACCAAGUACCUCCCUUAGGGAGGUAGGUGGAGGCCAAUGACUGUCACUCCCCGUGCAUGGUCUGACCCCAGGCCCCUCCCCCAGCACGGUUCCUCCUCUCUGUAGCCUGGGAAGACUUCUGUCCACCUCCCAAGGGGCUGGGACAGUGCAAGUUGGGGCAGGGCAGCAGCCUGAAAGGAAAAGCUGGCUGUUCCUGCCCAUAGUGGGAGAGAUGGAGCAUCCUAGGUCACUGGCUCCUGCUGCUGUAAUAGGGACCCCUCACCCAUCUACUCACCACCUCCCCUUCUCCAACCCUUGAACCAUGUUUUUUUGUGUGUGUCAAUUGUGCCAUUUUUAUUUUAUUCCUUUCCCCACUCUUAUCACAGAGAAAUAAAUGUGUAGAAAUA